AAGUGAAAGCGACUAAGAAACACCAUACUUACUCACACACACUCACACACACACACACACACACACACCUUGGGCAGGACUAAGAUCAUCAACAGAAAACAUGUUUCCUUUAAUUCUUCUUGUUGGAGCCAUUAUUCUCACAGAUGCAUCAACUGUCUUUCCAACAACAACAACAACAUCAACUGUUCCAACCACUAGUACAGCAACAACAACAACAACAACAACAACAUCACCUGGAUCUUCACCUUCUCCCGUGAACACAACCAGUCCCAUAACACAGCCUCAGAGAUAUCCGGUUGUCAUCGGGCUGCGAGCUAAGAUCGUGAGUACCGUGCAGCUGGAUAUAAAUCUAGCCAACAGCAUUUUGCAGCAGUAUGUAUCAUACCUCCAGCCAUCCCAGGCCAUAACUGCAAGAGUAACGAGCAUUAAGAUGUUGUGACGAGCUGCGUCCGAAAGAUGUUUUUUAUUUUCCUUUUUUCCUCUUCUUU